AAGCCCAAAAAAACACCAAACUCAACUCAAACUCAAACUCUCUCCUUUCCGUUCUUAAAACUCUGAAAGACGUGUACUUUAUAGCUCCAACUCGUUCAAGUUCGACACAAAGACCUCAUAUGGCGCUUUGCACUAGGCUCCAAUCUUUCCCUUCUUCUUCUUUAUCUUCAAACCAUAUCAGACCAACUAAAGCCUCAAACUUUCACCCCGUUUGUUCUUUACACUAUAAUUCUAAUUCACCUUUCACUGAAAAGCACUCCGUUGAGAGGUACCACAGGGACCAAUGGUUGUACAAGACCCAAUUGGAAAAUAUAGAAAAUAUAGCAUCUUGCUCUUCCCCACCACCUGAUUCUAACUCAGUAAGGCAAAAUGAGAUAGCACUGCAAUUGCCAGAGCUGAAGAAGCUGCUUCAGGUGCUGAGAGAGAAGAGGGAGGGAGAAGGUUGUGGUGGGUGGAAGAAGUGUGGGCCAGGGAAUGUGUUCUUGGUGGGGACCGGACCUGGGGACCCUGAGCUUUUGACACUCAAGGCUGUGAGAGUCAUUCAAAGUGCUGAUUUGCUCUUGUAUGAUCGGUUGGUCUCCAAUGAUGUGUUGGAUUUGGUUGGACCUAAUGCUAGGUUCCUCUAUGUUGGCAAGACUGCUGGGUACCAUAGUAGAACCCAGGAGGAAAUACACGAGUUGCUUCUAAGUUUUGCUGAAGCAGGAGCUACUGUUGUGAGACUUAAAGGAGGGGAUCCAUUGGUGUUUGGGAGAGGUGGGGAGGAGAUGGAUUUUUUGCAGCAGCAAGGGAUUCACGUGAAAGUAAUUCCAGGAAUAACGGCUGCUUCAGGAAUAGCAGCAGAGUUGGGGAUUCCACUAACUCACAGAGGUGUUGCAAAUAGUGUAAGAUUUCUCACUGGGCAUUCAAGGAAAGGAGGAACAGAUCCUUUGUUUGUAGUAGAAAACGCAGCUGACCCUGAUUCAACCUUAGUGAUUUAUAUGGGCUUAUCAACCUUCCCUUCACUUGCCCUAAAGUUAAUGCAUCAUGGUCUUCCCCCUAAUACACCAGCUGUUGCAGUUGAGCGAGGGACCACACCUCAACAACGCAUGGUUUUUGCAGAACUGAAGGAUCUUGCUAAUAAAAUUACAACAGUAGAGUUAGUAUCACCAACACUGAUGAUCAUUGGAAAUGUUGUUGCACUUUCACCAUUGUGGUCACUUUCUAUGAAUGAAGCAUCCUGUAUGGUACAGGCCAAAUAGACAAAAUUUGGGCCUGAAGAAAUGUUGAACAUUCAAUUUGUUAUCAGUUGAAUUCACAGUUAUGGCGGCCGAUAAUGAAAGGUUGACUAGACGAUGCUUCUGGAUGGGACAAAUCUUUCAAUACUUGUUUGGCGUUUCAAUAAUUGAUUUUUAGAUUCAGUGAAAUUGGUUUUUGAGUAGGCUUGCAUGCAAGACGCCUUUCUAACACUCCAUUAGAUUGGUUGAAAUCCAUGCUGAAGGCACAAUGGAGUUUGAAUUUGUCACAACGAAGAUUAAGAGAGCCACAGUCUCUUUGCUUGUAUCAACAAAGGAAAGCUAACCUUUUGAGUUAUUUAGCUGUGAUCAGAUUCAUCUGAAAAAGUGUGAUUUCAUCUGAUUAAGGUGAGCCUGAUUAGAUUAGUUCCUUGAUAAAUUGGUUUACCUCUAAUGAGGUUAUAAUUGCAUUCUUGAUUGCACUAAGUGUGCACUAGGACAAUGCUGAUUACUUGUGGACAUGCUAAAUGAGGGCAAUUUGAUUGCAGUUUGGAAGGGUCCUUUAUUA